AUGUACAACGUGUCGUACUCGGAGCUGGGGCCUUCAAACACGUCGUGCUCUGGUCCCGCGCUGGGCUGCCUCAAUGCGUCGAGCCCGCUACCACCGCCACCGUCGCAGCCACUGGCCUUGGCGGUGCCAGUGGUCUAUGCGGUGAUCUGCGCCGUGGGUCUGACGGGUAACUCUGCCGUGCUUUACGUGCUGCUGCGGGCGCCCCGCAAGAAGACUGUCACCAACCUGUUUAUCCUCAAUCUGGCCAUCGCUGACGAACUCUUCACGCUCGUGCUGCCCAUUAAUAUCGCCGACUUCCUGCUGCGACAGUGGCCCUUCGGGGAGCUCAUGUGCAAGCUCAUCGUGGCCAUCGACCAGUACAACACCUUCUCCAGCCUCUAUUUCCUCACCGUCAUGAGCGCCGACCGCUACCUGGUGGUGCUGGCCACCGCGGAAUCGCGCCGGGUGACGCGCCGCACCUAUGGCGCUGCUUGCGCUGUGAGCUUGGCUGUGUGGGGGCUUGUGACUCUGGUCGUGCUGCCUUUCGCGAUCUUCGCCGGGCUCGACGAUGAGCAGGGUCGGCGCGAGUGCGUGCUUGUCUUCCCUCAGCCCGAGGCCUUCUGGUGGCGAGUGAGCCGCCUCUACACACUGGUGCUCGGCUUCGUCAUCCCGGUGUCCACCAUCUGCGUGCUCUAUAUCACUCUGCUGUGCCGGCUGCGCGCCAUACGCCUCGAUAGUCACGCCAAGGCCCUAGACCGCGCUAAGAAGCGGGUGACUUUUUUGGUGGUGGUGAUCCUGGCCGUGUGCCUCCUCUGCUGGACACCCUACCACCUGAGCACCGUGGUGGCUCUCACCACCGACCUCCCGCAGACACCGCUGGUCAUCGCGGUCUCUUACUUCAUCACCAGCCUGAGCUAUGCCAACAGCUGCCUCAACCCCUUCCUAUACGCCUUCCUGGACGACAGCUUCCGCAGGAGCCUCCACCAGAUGCUAGCGUGCCGCACCGCCGCCUGA